AUGGGUAUCGGCCAAUCACGACGCUUGAUUCCAGAUCAAGGACGUAAGGAAACGCUGAGCUGCUGCAACUCGAACCGUCGUAAGUGCGUUAUGAUAGGCAUCGAGUUCGGAGCUCGCGCUGUGAGCGCCCGAUACGAGUUCCUGGCCCACAACGGAUCGAGUCGUUUCCCCCGAGUCGCUCGGCCGCCCCUGCAGCCGGCGAACGGCCUUCGAACAGCUGACUGAGCCCGGCCGGCAUUGGCCCCGAAUACAAGGCGACACGUCUGUGCUGCAGAGCUGUUUACGAAGAAAACCGGUGACGUUUUUCCUAACGAGAUGCUUUUCGUAGUUAAGCUAAUAAAGCUUCUUAAUUUGACGGAAAGAGGAUUUGUUAAGAAAGAAUUAUGAAGAAAUUUAGAACUGCGAAGCCGCGCUUUGGC